CCAGCCUCGCUCCGCUGUCUCUUACGCAUGCGCGACUCCGAGCUGGCCCAAGAAGUUCGUAGCCUUUGUCAGGCCCGGGAUGGGAGAUCCCCCCGCGGGAAGGCAGCAAGGACGACCGCGAGACCCCCGAGGGCUUCUGACUGUUCUGCCCGCAGAGUCCUGAGCUGGGGAGAAGCGCAGCAUCUUCGGGGCAUGGAGGAGGCGGUGGUCAUGGAGACAGAGUUGGCCGAAAUGCCCGAGAGAAGAGCUCUGUCGUUCCAGGAGUCUCCCCUUUCCCAAGAAAAGAGUGCAGAAGGCGGCGAAGUGGCAGCUCUGCGCCUCACGGCCAGAUCCCAGACAACAGUGACAUUCAAGGACGUGGCCAUGGACUUCACGCCGGAAGAGUGGGGGAAGCUGGACCCUACACAAAGGGCGGUGAUGCUGGAGAACUACAGGAACCUGGUCUCGCUGUGGCUCCCCAUUUCCAAACCUGAGAGCUACGAUGUGGAGAAUGGAAAAGAGCCGUUGACACUUGAGAGAAAAGUGCCCAGUAGCAGCUAUCCAGACGUGGAGACAAGACCCAAGAACAAGGAUUCAACUUCAGAGCAAGAUUUUUCCAAAGAAGAUUCCUGCCAGGUUGCAAUAAUAGAGAGACUGACAAAGAAUAAUGGCUUGGAAACAGCUCUUGAAUGUGACAGUUGGUUAGAGAAUCAGCAAGGAAGUCAGGAGAGACACUUGAGAGAAAUGUUCACCCACAUGAAUUCAUUACCCGAAGAAAGAGAUCAUGAACAUGACGUUUACUGGGAGAACUACAGUCAGAAGUCUGUUCUCACCACUCAAGACAGAGUUCCCAAAGGGUCCUAUUCCUUUCAUACACUUGAUAAAAGAUUGAAACAGAAGUCAAACUUAAAAAAGCAGAGAACUUUUAAAGAGAAAAAGCCUCAUAAGUGCAAUGAUUGUGGUGAACUCUUCACUUACCAUUCAGUACUUAUUCGACACCAGAGAGUCCACACUGGAGAGAAACCUUAUACCUGCAGUGAAUGUGGGAAGUCUUUUAGCCACAGAGCUAAUUUAACGAAGCAUCAGAGAACUCAUACUAGAAUUCUCUUUGAGUGCAAUGAAUGCAAGAAAACCUUCACAGAAAGCUCGUCCCUUGCAAUUCAUCAGAGAAUUCACAUUGGAGAAAGACCUUAUGAAUGCAGUGAAUGUGGGAAGGGUUUUAACCGAAGUACACAUCUUGUGCAACAUCAGUUGAUUCAUACUGGAGUUAAGCCCUACGAGUGUAAUGAAUGUGAUAAAGCGUUCAUUCAUUCAUCAGCACUCAUUAAACAUCAAAGAACUCAUACUGGAGAGAAACCCUAUAAAUGUCAAGAAUGUGGGAAAGCCUUUAGCCACUGUUCAUCCCUUACUAAGCACCAGAGGGUUCAUACCGGGGAAAAGCCAUAUGAAUGCAGUGAAUGUGGAAAAACUUUUAGUCAAAGCACACAUCUUGUUCAGCAUCAGAGAAUUCAUACUGGAGAGAAACCCUAUGAGUGUAGUGAAUGUGGGAAAACCUUUAGUCGGAGCUCAAAUUUUGCUAAACAUCAAAGAAUUCAUAUUGGAAAGAAACCCUACAAAUGUAGUGAGUGCGGAAAAGCCUUCAUUCAUUCAUCAGCUCUUAUUCAACACCAGAGAACUCAUACUGGAGAGAAGCCCUUUAGAUGUAAUGAAUGUGGGAAAAGCUUUAAGUGUAGUUCAUCCCUCAUCAGACAUCAAAGAAUUCACACUGAAGAACAACCCUGAAACAUCCCUGAAUGUGAAAUAAUGUAAGUUGGGUUUAUAACUGUGUUAAGUACCUGAGUGUUUAGAUGUAAAGCCAUUGUAUGCACUUGAGGACUAAUUUUAUAUAAGCUUCUAAUUUCACUCGCAUAAUACGUAGUUUUGAGCCACAGACAGGAUGGUCCUUAUGUCCAUUGAUUUGCUUAUUAAAACUUCUGUCCAGAGAUCUCAAAAUUUUAAUCUUCAACCUCUCAAAUACCCAUCCAAGGAAAUUCAUGCAAUCCCAGAAAAGGUAGCAUUAUAAAUUGUGAAAUUGUUUUCCCCUCUCCUGGUCAUAUCAGAGCCCUAUUGUAGUUUCUCACUUUGGAAAGGAAAUUCUUAUUCGAUAGGUUAGGUUGAUAGCUUAUAUUAGAUCCUUAUUAUGAAGAGUUCACAAAGUUAUUAAUCUUUGAAUCCAAAAUAGAGAUCCAGAUAUACAGGUGGUAUCAUUUCUCCAGAGAAUGUAAUUUCUAUUAUCAAAAAAAGCUAAAUAAGCUAAGAGUUGAAAGUUGUUUAGGAUUUCCUUCCUAUCUCCCAAAAGCUGCUAUCUACUUUUAUGAACAUAAACAAAGUAUUUACAGCAGGUUCUGAGUUAAUGGACAUAUGAGUUAUAUUGAUUAUAGAUUGAGAUACUGUUGUCCCUGUCUAUAGAAAUCUUCCUUCGUUUUCCACUUUUUCCUGGAGUUAGCCUGAAAUACAGAGUUGGUCAGAACCUUAAGUGUUGAUCUUUGUUUAUCGUUGGCAUUGAAUAAAUCCUGGGUCUUCUAAUGUCCACAAGUAUCCAGGAAACAUCGUUUCUCCAUGUUAGUUAGUGUUCUGUAAGUUGUGCUGUGUCACUUUGAGAAAAGACCCCAUGGCUAUUGAGGGUUUGGAAAGCUGGUGGAUUGGAUCAAUGUGUUGUUAUAUUUAAGGUUCCAGUCAAGAAGGACUGAAGCAGCUGUGAGACAGCAGCUCAUACAUUCCUGUCAGGUAUGGAAAAUAGUCACAGGACAGUCCUGCAGCAACUCACUUGACAUAAGCGCUGAAAAAGCAUUUUCUCUGUCCUUAAUGUUUACCCUGUUGUUGUUAUUGUUGUUCUCCAUGUUUUGGUUGGUCUUUAUCCCAGAGUUCUAAAGAUGGACAAGGCAUGAAAUCACAGUGAUAUGUUAGCAUAAGUUACAAGGGUGACCAAGACCAUUGGUGGGAUUGGAAACACAAAAGCAAAAGUUCAAAUAAAUAGUAAAACACUAUGUAAAUGCCAUUUUUAUUAUAUAUAUGUUCUGUAUAAAGAAAAUUAUGUAAAAUGAUAGAAAAAUACAGAUUUCUACUUUCUUCUCUCCUGACUCCUAUCCUUCAUGAUCAGUUAUCAGUUAAUCUGUACUCUUGUCCCUUCCACAUUAUCCCAGUUACCUACAGUUCCCUCUCGGUAGAACUUAAUUUUAUGAUUGAAGAAAAGUAGGGAGAUAGUUUAAAGAAGUAAGGAUAGUGAAGAGCACUAUCAUUACGGAUGCAUGGAACAUAAAUCCAGCGAUGAUGGAAAUCAUAGGAAAUGAGAAUAAAAGGGCUUUUCACAAAGAGAUUGUAGAAUGAACAACAACAAAAAACAUUGAAGGAGAUUGAGUUGGGGGAGAAGACUUGGGUCUGAAGGGUUUGGGUAGGAUAAUGGCUGACUCAUCACAAUAUAGGAAAAGGAACUCUUUCACCACCUUAAGUUUCAAUAUUAAUAGUUUUGAGCAGAUAACUGUAGCCCAGACCCAUAGAUCAACUUGGGCCUACAGUCCAUUUCUCUAAAAAAAUUUUAUUGAAACUCAGCUACACAUUCAUUUACAUGUUGUCUUUGGUUGCCUUUCCUUGCAGUGGCAAAAUCGAGUAGCUGCAACAGAAAUCGUAUCUUCUGACUGCUUUAACAAAAUAUAAACUGGGUAACUUAUAAGCAGCCAAGACUUAGUUCUCAUAGUUCUGGAAGUUGAGAGGUCCCAAGAUCGUAGCAUUGGCAGAUUUGGGGUCUGAUGAAGGCCUACUUCCUGGUAGGAAGGCACCCUUGCACUGUGUCCUCACUAGGUAGAAUGGGGCCCAUCUUAUAAGGACACUAAUCUCAUUCACAAGGGCCCCACCUACAAAGACCAUCACAUAGGUAAUGACUGGGUUUCAGGGUAUGGAUUUUGGACAUUCAGUCAACAGCCGAUUGUAUGUCCCUAAAAUAUUUAGUAUCUGGCUCUACAGAAAAUGCUAGCUCCUAUGCUAGAGCAUCUGUCAGGAAGUGAGGUAGAGACAGAUAAACCAGUCAGAGAAAUUGGAGAAGUUGUAGUGAUGGUGAAGUAAUCCUUCAUUAGGGACUAAAGCCAUUGAAGUUACCUCCAUGUACCAGACUGGUAAGCAGAGCAAUGCAGAUGAACACUGAGUUGUUACUACUCCAUAACAGUAGCCCUGUCCCUCUAGUUUAUUGUUUAUUGUUAAGAUUUAUUAUUGUUAUUAUUUUGCACAAAUGCUGCUUUUUGUGCACUGUAUGGGGCUUCAGGAAGUGGUUGUAGCGGCCAGGAGCAGCUGGGGUACGGAGAGAGGGGCACAGACAGCCUGGCCGACACGUGGCUGGACCUCAGGAACAAACCAAUGACUUAGGGGCCCGCCUGCAGCUGCUCUUGGUGACAGAAAGCAUCUCCCAAGUAGAGCUUCCCGUGGCUUCUCAAAUCUUAGCAAUAAACUAAUAACAAUAACUAAUAAUAAGAAGAACCAUGUGAGUUUGUGUGAAAGGAAAAUAAAAGUGAUGGGAAAUGCAUCAAAAUAUUCCUAACUCAGGAUGUUACUAUAUAUUGUGGAGAGAAUGGAAGCUGUGAAAAUGUUUUAAAUAUGCCAUAUGGUUCAGUGAAAAGAAAUUCAUUUGGGGACCACAUUUAAAUUAACAAAAUAAGAACGCCCAACAUGGGUGUUUGAAAGUUGAGCUUAAAAUCUACCACCCCCAGUUAGCAAUUGUGUGACCUUAGGAGGCUACUUAUCCUGAGUCUCAGUUUCUCUAUUUGUAAAAUGGAAAUAAAUCAUCCCUUUCUCAUGAGGUUGUCAUGAGAAUUAAAUAAGACGGUGCAUCUAAAGGAUCUGGCGCAGUAGCAUGAGGAGCCCCCCUUCCACUUAUGUGAGCAAGUGCUCCCAAUUCCCCCUUCACUGUCUACAUUUAUUCCUGAAUGAAGCAGUUAAGCAUCAGAGUGUGUGUGUGUGUUUGUGUACACUUGUAUACAAGAGUGCCUCAGAAAGUCAGUGGAAUUAAAAGUACGUUUAUUUUGGUGCAAAAGUUUUUUCAAAACCCAUGCAUAAUAUAUUUUCAUAAUUCAGAUUUCCCCAAAGCUUUUUGAAGCCUGUGUGUGUGUGUGUGUGUGUAAAAUGAUGUGGCUAAGAAUCAGCCCAUGGAAGUUGAGAAUCAUUGUAUUCUCCACACCUUUUUUUUUUUUUUUAACCUGUUGAGGACCAUGACCGUCCUGCUCCCUGGCCUGUCACAGAGUUGAAGCUUUACUUCUUCCUGCUCUUGUUUCUUUUCUGGUGCUGUUCCCUGCACAGCCUCCUUGAGAUCUCCUGGAGCAUGCUUUUUUCUUCGUGGGUCUGACUUAAACAGGAGCUAUUUGCUGGCUCCAGAAACAAGUUUGUGAUUUCACGUGAAGGGGCUUAACUCCACUGUUAAUUUUACUGGGAAAUAUGGCCCUUUGUUUCAGUAUUUGUCCUCGUUACACCUGAUGUUCAACUUGACUGCGUGUUUGUACUCCAGCGUAAAUGUUGAAAGUUUUAAUGUUGUUCAUUUCAAAUGUUUUUGGUUACCUAUAAGCAAUUUGUUCUUACUGUCCCAUUGUCAAUAAAGAUGUUGUUUGUAUAUAUACA